AUGCCGUCACCGAAUAGCUACAUCGCUCUAUCCCUGCCGCUGAGGACCUUCGACACCGGCGACAAGGAGGAGGCCAUCCAGUCCCUGAGUGCGACCGUCGGGUCCGAGAAUGGCACCGUGACAGGCUUCCCCAUACCGUCUUUCAAGAUCGGCACCCUCGAUGCGCUGGUGCAGCAGGCAGACGAGCUGGCCAAGCUCCACGCGGGAUGCGAGGGCGUCGUCCAGAGGGUGUCUGACUCUCUGAAGACAAUCCUGGACGGAGACGAGGAGAAGAUCGCACAGAACAAGAUGGUCAAUGACAAGCCUACGGACCAGUACUUGCGAACUUUCAGCUGGAACAAGGUCAGGUACCGAGCGGAUCGACCGCUGGGUGAGCUCAUUGAGAACCUACAAAAGGAGCUCGUCAACGUAGACAACGACGUCAAGGGGAAGUUCAACCAGUACAACUCGGUCAAGACAAACCUGGCAGCUCUGCACCGAAGACAGACCGGAAACCUGACGACCAAGUCGCUCACGCCGAUUGUGAAUCCCGAGCAAUUAAUCACAGACUCCGAGUACCUCGAAACGCACCUUAUCGUCGUUCCAUCCAACAUCCGAAAAGACUUCCUCAAGAGCUACGAGUCCAUCGCGCCCAUGGUCGUCCCGAGAUCAGCCGUGGAGCUGGCCAAGGAUGACGAGUUCGUCCUGUACGCGGUGACAACCUUCAAGAAGCACAGCAACGAGUUCCUUCAGAAGUGCCGUGAGUCGAAGUGGACGCCCCGGCAGUACAAGUACGUCGAAGGCGGCAAGGAGGAGGAGCAGAAGGAGCUGGACCGUGUGGCCCGGGAGGAGAAGAAGGUGUGGGGAGAGGCCCUCAGGCUGGGGCGGACGGGCUGGAGCGAGGCCGUGAUGGUGUGGGCCCAUGUUCUGACGCUUCGGGUCUUCGUCGAGACGGUCCUGCGCUACGGGCUGCCAUUGGAAUACGUCAGCGCUUUGAUCAAGACGAAUCCCAAGUCGGCGAAGAAGGUGAAGACCUCUUUGGACUCGGCAUACUCUUACCUUGGAGGAAACGCCUUUGGGAGGGACAAGAAGGGCAAGGUGGUGAAGGACGACGCAGCCCUCAGCUCGGAGAUGGCAGCAGCUGGUCUUGGUGUCGGGGAGGGGAACGAAUAUACGGCAUAUGUGUUCUAUGAGUUUGAGUUUCCCUAG